CAUUCACCUGUGACGGAUAUAACCAGACUCCAAUGUCUGGUGAGGGAAAACUGGACAUGUUCUACAGAAACUGAGACACUUGGGCUCUUCAUGUAGAGCAUUUAUAACAUUAUAGUCUGGCCCUAUAUCCAGCCAAGCUCACACCAGUGAAGAGGGGCGGCCCUCCAGCCAGCCAUUGUCUAAAGAGCUUCAUGUAAAGAUUUAUGGAGGAAUAAUUGACAUGCAACAUUGUAAAUGCCGAAGAAAAGAGAUGAAGUUGGCGAAGGUGACCCAUUUCUUCCCUAGUGGGCCGACCCGAGCUCUCCGUCCUCCAAGAGCUGCUCCCUUUCCAGAACCGGGUUUUCCUGCGAGAGGGAUGUAGGGACCGGAGCAGUGUCCUUGGAAUCCGGAGACCCGGUUGCAAGGCGGACACCAGCACUUACCAGCUGCGUGACUUUAGGCUGGAGAUGCGAGUCGGGCUCCCCUCCGAGGCGUCGUCUUGCCGGUGGCCAGCGCGGGGGCCGCGGGACCGGCCGGAGCGCAGGCGGAGCGGGCUGGCGCACGUGCUGUCUGACAACAUCUACCCGGUGGAGGACCUCGCCGCCACGUCGGUGACCAUCUUCCCCAAUGCCGAACUGGGAGGCCCCUUUGACCAGAUGAACGGAGUGGCCGGAGAUGGCAUGAUCAACAUUGACAUGACUGGAGAGAAGAGGUCCUUGGAUCUCCCAUAUCCCAGCAGCUUUGCUCCGGUCUCUGCACCUAGAAACCAGACCUUCACGUACAUGGGCAAGUUCUCCAUUGACCCCCAGUACCCUGGUGCCAGCUGCUACCCAGAAGGCAUCAUCAAUAUUGUGAGUGCAGGCAUCCUGCAAGGGGUUACCUCCCCAGCUUCGACCACAGCCUCGUCCAGUGUCACCUCUGCCUCCCCCAACCCACUGGCCACAGGACCCCUGGGGGUGUGCACCAUGUCUCAGACCCAGCCUGACCUGGACCACCUCUACUCGCCACCGCCACCGCCUCCUCCUUAUUCUGGCUGUACAGGAGACCUCUACCAGGACCCCUCGGCGUUCCUGUCGGCAGCCACCACCUCCACCUCCUCCUCUCUGGCCUACCCACCACCUCCUUCCUACCCCUCCCCUAAGCCAGCCACGGACCCCGGUCUGUUUCCCAUGAUCCCAGACUACCCCGGAUUCUUCCCAUCACAGUGCCAGAGAGACCUACAUGGUACAGCUGGCCCAGACCGCAAACCCUUUCCCUGCCCUCUGGACUCCUUGCGAGUCCCUCCUCCACUCACUCCACUUUCCACCAUUCGCAACUUUACCCUGGGGGGCCCCAGUGCUGGGGCCACAGGGCCAGGGCCCAGUGGAGGCAGUGAGGGACCCCGGCUGCCUGGCAGCAGCUCGGCAGCCGCCGCCGCCGCCUAUAACCCACACCACCUGCCUCUGCGGCCCAUUCUGAGGCCUCGCAAGUACCCCAACAGGCCUAGCAAGACCCCAGUGCAUGAGAGGCCCUACCCGUGCCCAGCAGAAGGCUGUGACCGGCGCUUCUCCCGCUCCGAUGAGCUGACCCGACACAUCCGAAUCCACACGGGACACAAGCCCUUCCAGUGUCGGAUUUGCAUGCGCAACUUCAGCCGCAGUGACCACCUCACUACCCACAUCCGCACCCACACUGGCGAGAAGCCCUUUGCCUGUGACUACUGCGGCCGCAAGUUUGCCCGGAGUGAUGAGAGGAAGCGCCACACCAAGAUCCACCUGAGACAGAAGGAGCGCAAAAGCAGCGCCCCCUCCUCAUCCGUGCCAGCUGCCUCUACAGCCUCUUGCCCCGGGGGCUCGCAGGCUGGGGGGCCGCUGUGCAGCAGCAACGGCAGCACCAUCGGCGGAGGGUCCCUUGCCCCUUGUUCCUCUCGGACCCGGACACCUUGAGAUGAGACUCGGGCUGACACACCAGCUCCUUGAGGCCCCGGAGGCCCUUUGUCCACUGGUCCAGUCGAGCUGCACAACAAACACUACCACCCUUUCCUGUCCCUCUCUUCCUUCCUUGGGCAAAGGGCCCCCUGUCCACUUAGAGGCAGGUCCUUCCUAAAACUCAACCCACCUUAGUUUCUCUUAGGUGAGUUGACUGGCACCCCAAGGUAAUAGGGGAGGCUUAGAAAGGGGUUGGGUGGGGGCCCCUGGCCUAGAGGGCUGAGGCCUGACCCUGCUUUAAAAGGGUUGUUUGACUAGGUUUUGCUUCCCCUUCUCUUGUGUUUUGUCCCAGUACGAUUUUUUACUCUGAAUGUCAGAGUUGAUUUGAGACUUCUUCUACAGUAGGUUGGGAGAUGCUGAACCCUUCAGGUGGGGGCAGCAGAAAGAAGCAAAGCUGAUGUGCACUUUAUGGCUUGGGACUGAUCGGGGAAUGGUGUACAGUGAAUGAAGCAUGGCCUUUAUGCUGCAUUCUGUGGCCCUAGAACAGUGAAUCAAAGCUUGUCUAGUCGUUCCAACCCUCUAAGCAAUAUGUAUUAUAAACUCAGAGAAUGGAAGUGCAAUGUGAUGGGAGGGACAUAGCAAUAUCUGCUCCUUUUUGAGUCGUUUGAGAAACUAAAGACUAUUUUUUCAGUGUAUAUCCACUCAGAUUUUGUGUAUUUUUGAUGUGCACUGUUCUCCAAGUUCUGAACCUUUGGGAAAAAAAAAAAGUAAAGCAUUUAUGAUCUCUUGAAAU